AUGUGGAUCAGCAGUCCUUUUCAUAGAGCCAUUACUUGGUUUACACACAGUGAUCCAAUGCCACAACCUGCUGGAUGAUGUGAACGACACACUGCUGUGUGGCCAUAUAGAGGACCAGGAGGAGCUCAAGGCCUUCAGAAGCAACACCCAGUGCAUCAACGGCUUCAUUGUCAUCGAUGAGACAGUCAAUCAGCUCUAUGGCUCCCAGGUCACCAGGUACUUUGAUGCCAGAAAUAUUCUGUAUAAGAUCCUUCCACUGCCCCCACAGAGGAGAACAGGUCCAUUAAAUGUUCUCUAUAGGAUCCUCCCACUGCCCACUACAGAGGAGACCAAGUCCAUGGAGCUCGUGACCAGGAUUCUGGAGGAGGUCCACAAGUUUGGCAUAGACAGGCGCUCUGAGCCCCUCAUUGCUAUUGGAGGAGGGGUGUGUCUGGAUGUGGUGGGCCUAGCUGUUUCUCUCUACCGGAGACGAACCCCCUAUAUCCACGUCCCAACCACCCUGCUCUUCUACAUUGAUGCAAGUGUGGGGGCUAAAACUGGAGUCAACUCUGCCAAUGGAAAGAACAAGCUGGGGAGUUAUAUUACAUUUGACAUUUUAGUCAUUUAGCAGACGCUCUUAUCCAGAGCAACUUACAGUUAGUGAGUGCAUACAUUUUCAUACUGGCCCCCCGUGGGAAACGAACCCACAACCCUGGCGUUGCAUGCGCCAUGCUCUACCAACUGAGCUACAGGGGACUAUAUAUCCCCCGGUUGCAACGUUUUUAGACUGUACUUUCAUUUAAACUGUUCCUUGCUGGCAGGUUUAUAUUGGGAUGGCAGAAAUGUUCAAGGUACUCAUCACAGUAUGCAUGUGGGUUGAAUAUGUGACAGCAAUACAAACUGAACAUACAGUGGGGGAAAAAAGUAUUUAGUCAGCCACCAAUUGUGCAAGUUCUCCCACUUAAAAAGAUGAGAGGCCUGUAAUUUUCAUCAUAGGUACACGUCAAAUAUGACAGACAAAUUGAGAAAAGAAAAUCGAGAAAAUCACAUUGUAGGAUUUUUAAUGAAUUUAUUUGCAAAUUAUGGUGGAAAAUAAGUAUUUGGUCACCUACAAACAAGCAAGAUUUCUGGCUCUCACAGACCUGUAACUUCUUCUUUAAGAGGCUCCUCUGUCCUCCACUCGUUACCUGUAUUAAUGGCACCUGUUUGAACUUGUUAUCAGUAUAAAAGACACCUGUCCACAACCUCAAACAGUCACACUCCAAACUCCACUUUGGCCAAGACCAAAGAGCUGUCAAAGGACACCAGAAACAAAAUUGUAGACCUGCACCAGGCUGGGAAGACUGAAUCUGCAAUAGGUAAGCAGCUUGGUUUGAAGAAAUCAACUGUGGGAGCAAUUAUUAGGAAAUGGAAGACAUACAAGACCACUGAUAAUCUCCCUCGAUCUGGGGCUCCACGCAAGAUCUCACCCCGUGGGGUCAAAAUGAUCACAAGAACGGUGAGCAAAAAUCCCAGAACCACACGGGGGGACCUAGUGAAUGACCUGCAGAGAGCUGGGACCAAAGUAACAAAGCCUACCAUCAGUAACACACUACGCCGCCAGGGACUCAAAUCCUGCAGUGCCAGACGUGUCCCCCUGCUUAAGCCAGUACAUGUCCAGGCCCGUCUGAAGUUUGCUAGAGUGCAUUUGGAUGAUCCAGAAGAGGAUUGGGAGAAUGUCAUAUGGUCAGAUGAAACCAAAAUAGAACUUUUUGGUAAAAACUCAACUCGUCGUGUUUGGAGGACAAAGAAUGCUGAGUUGCAUCCAAAGAACACCAUACCUACUGUGAAGCAUGGGGGUGGAAACAUCAUGCUUUGGGGGUGGAAACAUCAUGCUUUGGGGCUGUUUUUCUGCAAAGGGACCAGGACGACUGAUCCGUGUAAAGGAAAGAAUGAAUGGGGCCAUGUAUCAUGAGAUUUUGAGUGAAAACCUCCUUCCAUCAGCAAGGGCAUUGAAGAUGAAACGUGGCUGGGUCUUUCAGCAUGACAAUGAUCCCAAACACACCGCCCGGGCAACGAAGGAGUGGCUUCGUAAGAAGCAUUUCAAGGUCCUGGAGUGGCCUAGCCAGUCUCCAGAUCUCAACCCCAUAGAAAAUCUUUGGAGGGAGUUGAAAGUCCGUGUUGCCCAGCGACAGCCCCAAAACAUCACUGCUCUAGAGGAGAUCUGCAUGGAGGAAUGGGCCAAAAUACCAGCAACAGUGUGUGAAAACCUUGUGAAGACUUACAGAAAACGUUUGACCUGUGUCAUUGCCAACAAAGGGUAUAUAACAAAGUAUUGAGAAACUUUUGUUAUUGACCAAAUACUUAUUUUCCACCAUAAUUUGCAAAUAAAUUCAUCAAAAAUCCUACAAUGUGAUUUUCAGGAUUUGAUGUGUACCUAUGAUGAAAAUUACAGGCCUCUCUCAUCUUUUUAAGUGGGAGAACUUGCACAAUUGGUGGCUGACUAAAUACUUUUUUCCCCCACUGUAUCAUCUUUCUAAAACGACUGAGACUGAUCUGUGCAUUUCGAGACCUAUCUGGAAAACGGGACACCCCAGUUGUUUUGGACAACCAUCCCUUAACAGCAAGGGGUGGUUGUAUUUGUUUGCUGUCUAUUACAUGUCUAUUACACUCUUUACUAAUCACGAUUACAAAUUAACAAAUGUUAAUGAAGAAAGUUGAGCACUUUUUACAAGCCUAAACCACCCCGUUGAUAGUGUCUUACUUACAUUGUGUUUCCAAACCCUGUAUGGAGCUAAUAAAUCAGCUAUGUCCAUCAUCCUUUGUGUUCCAGAUGGCCCUGAUGAAACACAGGGGCCUGUUUGAGCUCCUGGAGACUGUAGGCGGGGACCUGCUGGACUCCAGCUUUCAGUCCUGUGACCAGAAGGCCAGUGGCUGCUGUGACCUGGAGGAUGCUGGCUCUACGUCCCCAUGCAUUGCCAUAGAAACCAUCCAACCUGUGGGAGGAUGACCUGGACAGACUGGUGGACUUUGGCCACCUAGUCAGACCUGAGCUACAAAUGGUAAAAAGUUUAUCACUGAGUUAAUAGUAGAGUGAAUGAUAAAAAAGGUGUAUGGAGGGGAUAUGAAAGGAUGGAGAAUAAGGCAUCAGGGAAGGUGUGAAUGAUGAGAUAUAUUUUUGACAAGUAAAGAGACAAUUUGGCAAAUAUGCAUACAGUAUAACUUUACCUUUGCAGAAAGUGCUGCCUGUGCUGCUCCACGGGGAGGCGGUGAACAUCAACAUGUCCUUCAUGGUGUACGUGGCUGCCAGAAAGGGCUCCAGACGGAAGAGGAGAAGGCCCGGAUCAGCCGCUGCAUGGUGGGGCUGGAGCUGCCUUUGUGGCACCAGGGCUGCACUCUGGCCCUGGUGCAGAAGUCUCUGAGUGAACAACUUAAACACCCUGAGGAUGCCUCUUCACACAGGACUGUGCUGUGCAGGUCUGGACAUCUUUCCUUCAAAAGGGCAGUCUGCUGUUGCUACAUCAAUUUUUGGACAUACAGUGCAUUCGGAAAGUAUUCAGACCCCUUCACUUUUUGUUACUUUACAGCCUAAUUCUAAACUGUAUUAAAUUGUUGUUUUUCCCUCAUCAAUUUACACACAAUACCUCAUAAUGACAAAGCAAAAACAGGUUUUUAGAAAUGUUGGCAGAUGUAUUAAAAAUAAAAAAUGGAAAUAUCACAUUUACCUAAGUAUUCAGACCCUUUACUCAGUACUUUGUUGAAGCACCUUUGGCAGCAAUUACAGCCUCGAGUCUUCUUGGCUAUGACACUACAAGCUUGGCACACCUGUAUUUGGGGAGUUUCUCCCAUUUUUCUCUGCAGAUCCUCUCAAGCUCUGUCAUCUAAUUUCAGGUCUCUCCAGAGAUGUUUGAUCAGGUUCAAGUCCGGGCUCUGGGUGGGCCAAUCAAGGACAUUCAGAGACUUGUCCCAAUGCUACUCCUGCAUUGUCUUGACUGUGUGCUUAGGGUCGUUGUCCUGUUGGAAGGUGAACCUUCGCCCCAGUCUGAGGUCUUGAGUGCUCUGGAGCAGGUUUUCAUCAAAGAUCUCUCUGUACUUUGCUCCGUUCAUCUUUCCCUCGAUCCUGACUAGUCUCCCUGUCCCUGCCGCUGAAAAACAUCCCCACAGCAUGAUGCUGCCAGCACCAUGCUUCACCGUAGGGAUGGUGCCAGGUUUCCUCCAGAGUUCAAUCUUGGUUUCAUCAGACCAGAGAAUCUUGUUUCUCAUGGUCUGAGAGUCUUUAGGUGCCUUUUGGCAAACUCCAAGCGGGCUGUCAUGUGCCUUUUACUGAGGAGUAGCUUCCGUCUGGCCACUCUACCAAAAAGGCCUGAUUGGUGGAGUGCUGCAGAGAUGGUUGUCCUUCUGGAAGGUUCUCCCAUCUCCACAGAGGAACUCUAGAGCUCUGUCAGAGUGACCAUCAGGUUCUUGGUCACCUCCCUAACUAAGGCCCUUCUCCCCCGAUUGCUCAGUUUGGCCAGGCAGCCAGCUCUAGGAAGAGUCUUGGUAGUUCCAAACUUCUUCCAUUUAAGAAUGAUGGAGGCCACUGUGUUCUUGGGGCCCUUCAGUGCUGCAGAAAUAUUUUGGUACCCUUCCCCAGAUUUGUGGCUCGACACAAUCCUGUCUCGGAGCUCUACGGACAAUUCCUUUGACCUCAUGGCUUGGUUUUUGCUCUGACAUGCACUGUCAACUGUGGAACCUUAUAUAGACAGGUGUGUGCCUUUCCAAAUCAUGUCCAAUCAAUUGUAUAUACCACAGGUGGACUCCAAUCAAGUUGUAGAAACAUCUCAAGGAUGAUCAAUGGAAACAGGAUGCACCUGAGCUCAAUUUCAAGUCUCAUAGCAAAGGGUCUGAAUACGUAUGUAAAUAAGAUAUUUUUGUUUUUCUAAAAACCUGUUUUCACAUUGUCAUUAUGGGUUAUUGUGUGUAGAUUGAGGAAAAUGUUUUAUUUCAACCAUUUUAAAAUAAGGCUGUAACGUAACAAAAUGUGGAAAAAGUCAAGGGGUGUGAAUACUUUCCGAAGGCACUGUAUAAAUUAAUGAUAUGUACCUAUUGAUUAUUGAGGAAUAUAACUUAUAAAUGCCUCAUGAGCUAAAUUCAACUGUCGUACUCCAUCAGAACCCAAAAUAUAAGCUUGUUUUACUCCUAUGCUAGUAAAGAAAGUAAAUAUAAACAAACAGCCUCAAAACAUGGUUAAAACAAUACUUUUAAUAUCAUGGAUGGUCUGUCCUUGCAUCCAUAGCUCCGUCUAUGAAUUUGAGAGUGGUUACAUUUCUUCCACCCCAUCCCUCAGCUUUUUACCGAAAUAGGGGUGGGGAACCCACUUUGUUAUUGUUUCAACUGCUGAUUGCCGCUUUAAGAACACCAUCAGACUGCCUUUUUAAAUCAGAACAUUCCUAGACAUGACCAUACAGUAUGAGUUUUGGAAUUCCCAAAACAAGUAAGUUGUAGCAGAUGAGGAUGUGUGAAACUCACUCCUCAGCCUGAAGUGUCCCUACUUUGUUGCAGAAUAGCUAGCUUUUCGCAUGGCAGACUGGUAAGACGCUUCGGGAGGACGGUCAAGUGUGCUAGCAAGGCAGAGGUCCUGGGUUCCAGCUUGAAUCAGGAGGAAGUGGUACUCGCUAAGCAAUCAACGUGACAUCUGUUACAGAUGGUGCCGUGACCUGGAUCUGCAGUUGCGCUCAGCUCAACGCUGGAGUCGCUGUGGAGUAAGUUUGAGGGGUGAAUGUAGCACAUGGGGAUUUGUGAAACUCACUCUUCAGCCUGAAGUGUCCCCACUUGUGUCACCAAAUAGCUAGCUUUCUCUGUGGCGCGACUGGUAAUACACUUCGGGAGGGCAGUUACUGUACAUGUGCUAGCAAGGCAGAGGUCCUGUGUUCGAGCCUCGGUGUGAGACGAAUUAGGAGGAAGUGGUUCUCGCUAAGCAAGCAAUGUUACGUCCGCUACACAAGCACAUUUACUGUACUGUCUCAUCUCUACAGAAAUCUUGCAUGACAUCAGUGAUGAUAUUCUGUGUCAGGCUUUCAAGAGCUGGUGUGAUGAACUUGGUUCUUCUUGACGGCUGGUGAUAGUCUAUUCUAUACAUCAUCUAUUCUCAUUAACCUAAAUGUAUAGCGUAUUAUUUUCCCAUCAUUAGUGUUCAGAGACAAUUAG